AUGAAGGGCCAACCCAUCGACCAGCUCGUGUACGAGGAAAUGUUUCCUCGGCCAAAGACGUUUGAUCCGCAGGACUUUCAAGCUCUCCUUCAACGCAGCCUCAUCCCCGAAGUCCGCCAGGAGACGCACGCCUUCUACGGCCAUCUCGAGACGCAAGAAGCCAAGUAUCCCGGGCUCGACUACACCCAUCGCACUCACCGCAUCCGACUCAGCCGCUGGCAAUGGCACCGCCGUCUUUUCAGAGCCUUUGACAGCUUGGGUCUUACACACGCCGAGAUUUCUGCCCUCACCAAGUGGGAGGGCACCAAGUGGGCAAAGGAGAAGUUUGAGAAGGAACAAGGCAUCGUUAUCAGGGACACCGCGGCCGAUGGAUUCCCGAAUUGGACGGAGCCUGACCGGCCGGCUGCCCAAGGGCGAUCUGUCAGGAUAAGCACCAUUGACAUGUCGAAUCUGGACGACGACGAAAACAUGGACGUGGAAGAGAGUGACGAGGAGCUUGCGAGCGUGGGUGUGCGGCUCAACGAGCGUCUGCGCGCGCAGGCCGCCCGGCGCGAAGCCGGCGACACAUCCGUCGUCCUGGACGAAGAAUGGGAGCAGUGGCUGAAGAAUGCCAUUGAGAGCGGCGAGCUGGCCCUCUUGACCGAGAGGAUGACGGAGGAAAUGCUUAGCCAGUCCCGUUCGUCCAGCUCCAUGGCCGCCAGCCUCCUUCCCGACGACAUGCUGCACAUGGCACGGGCUGGCCAGUGGUCGGAAAUUCCCGAGUUCCUCCAGCCGCUGCUCCGCCGCACAAUCGACAACGAGAACUCCCUUCGUAGCGAGCACAUCUUGACUUCGGCCACGCGGUCCACCCUGCAGUCCGCUCCCGAUCACAUCCCUUGGCCACGGCGAACAUAUUCGGAUUUACGGCUGCCGGCAGGGGAAUCGUCUACGGGCCAGUCUGGAAGACAGGCUUAA